CCGAGGGGCGGGAUCGCGCAGGCGCGCAGGGCGCCCCGGCUCCGGAGCAUAAACAAGAGCGGGUCCGGGAUGAGGCGGCGGUUGAUCCCCGGGCAGCGAGCGGCGGACAGCGAGGCGGCCAGCGGGGCCCGGCGCCGACCCUGAGCGCUCCGACCCGCCGUCCCGCGCCCACCAUGAACCUGGCGAGUCAGAGCGGCGAGGCCGGCGCCGGCCAGCUGCUGUUCGCCAACUUCAAUCAGGACAACACGUCGCUGGCCGUCGGCAGCAAGUCUGGCUAUAAGUUCUUCUCACUUUCAUCUGUGGACAAGCUGGAGCAGAUCUAUGAGUGUACCGACACGGAAGACGUGUGCAUCGUGGAGAGGCUGUUCUCCUCCAGCCUGGUGGCCAUUGUCAGCCUCAAGGCACCCCGGAAGCUGAAGGUCUGCCACUUCAAGAAGGGCACAGAGAUCUGCAACUACAGCUACUCCAACACCAUCCUGGCGGUGAAGCUCAACCGGCAGAGGCUGAUCGUGUGCCUAGAGGAGGCCCUGUACAUCCACAACAUCCGGGACAUGAAAGUGCUGCACACCAUCAGGGAGACGCCCCCAAACCCCGCAGGCCUGUGUGCGUUGUCCAUCAACAACGACAACUGCUACCUGGCCUACCCAGGCAGCGCCAGCAUCGGCGAGGUGCAGGUCUUUGACACCAUCAACCUGAGGGCAGCCAACAUGAUUCCUGCGCACGACAGCCCACUGGCGGCUCUGGCCUUUGACGCCAGCGGGACCAAGCUGGCCACAGCGUCCGAGAAGGGGACCGUGAUCCGGGUGUUUUCCAUUCCAGAGGGACAGAAGCUCUUUGAAUUUCGGAGAGGGGUGAAGAGGUGUGUGAGCAUCUGCUCGCUGGCCUUCAGCAUGGAUGGCGUGUUCCUCUCAGCGUCCAGCAACACAGAGACGGUGCACAUCUUCAAACUGGAGGCCGUGAAGGACAAGCCGCAGGAGGAACCUACCACCUGGACCGGCUACUUUGGAAAGGUACUGAUGGCGUCCACGAGCUACCUGCCCUCACAGGUCACCGAGAUGUUCAACCAGGGCCGGGCCUUCGCCACCGUGCGCCUGCCUUUCUGCGGCCACAAGAACAUCUGCUCGCUGGCCACAAUCCAGAAGAUUCCCCGGCUGCUGGUAGGCGCCUCCGACGGCUACCUGUACAUGUACAACCUGGACCCCCAGGAGGGGGGCGAGUGUGCCCUCAUGAAGCAGCACAAGCUGGAUGGCAGUAUGGAGACCACCAACGAGAUCCUGGACUCGGCCUCCCAUGACUGUCCCCUGGUGACACAGACCUACAGCACACCCACCGCCAGGGGUGCCCACGCACCAGCAUCACCCACCAGGCUUGCCUACACGGAGGAACUGGGUGCCGUAGGCGGAGCCUGCCUGGAAGAGGAGGCCAGCGCCUUGCGGCUGGAGGAGGAGAGUGAGCAACCCCCCAUGGUCCUGCGGACGGACUGAGCAGCCAUGGAGCCCGACGGCGGGGCGUGUGUCACACUGCCACAGCUGCUGUGAACCGAUGAAUUCUGACCCGACUUGGGGAGAGGACGGCAGAGACUUGACAAGCAAACACAACAAACCGAGACCGUAGCCCUAGUCCACCCCACGCUGUGGGGAAAUACGUGGUUUUCUUUCAGUGCUUCUGACCCUGCUUACCACUUUAGCUUUCUGUCGGUUUUUCUCUUUCUUGCCAAAACUAAAUGUUUGGUGAAGCCCCGGGACCCGCUUUGCAUGCUUGAAUGUGCCAAGCCAGCGCCCGCACGGAAGCAGACACGGGGAUGAGGUGGCGGCCGUGGAGGGUUCCAGGGGCCAAGGCCAGACCUGCUCCCACAGCCCCCUGGGCCUGUCAGGGUAGGGGCAUCGGCCGGCCUCUGGGGCUAUUACCUCCAUUUUAUUUUGUUAAUUAAAUUCUUUCCAAAUUGGA